GAAGACACGACAGGACGAGCCUACGGGACCGAGGAGACGAGGAUCGCAGGAAAAACAACCAGCCUUUGCUUUUUCUUGAAAUAUUAACCGCGACAUGUUUUGCAACGAGCUCGCUCAUUGCAAUUCUGUUCGCGUUUCCCAGAAACAGCCGCUGGAGUUCGGACAUUUGUGAUUAGACUCGCCGAUACCGCACGCAAGCUAACGCCGAGCAGACAGACGCUUUGGUUCCGUCCGGCUUCACUAAACGUCACAAAACAGCUCCGUCGUCUCUGUGCAACUCGGCGGCUUCACACCGACCGUGGUUCCGAAGCAAUGGUGCAGAAAGAGCAGCCGCUGGAGGAGGCUCCUCCGGGGGACGCAGAGCCCAGCCCCAGCCUCGGCUCCGGAGAGGCUGGUGCCGAGGCCCCCGGCCCGGUGGAGGAGGCCGGCGUCGGAGUCGAGUCCACGGGCCACAGGAAAUUCAUAAGCGGGGUCGUGGAAGGCUUCUAUGGUCGACCAUGGACGAUGGAACAGAGGAAAGAGUUGUUCAGAAGGCAGCAGAAAUGGGGCCUGAACACAUACCUUUAUGCACCUAAAGAUGACUACAAGCACAGGAUGUUCUGGAGAGAGCUGUACUCAGUGGAAGAAGCAGAUCAACUCAUUACGUUAAUUGGUGCUGCUAAGGAGCAUGGGAUAGAGUUCAUCUAUGCCAUUUCUCCCGGACUGGACAUCACCUUCUCCAGUCAGAAAGAGGUUACUGCUCUCAAAAGGAAGCUUGAUCAGGUUACUCACUUUGGCUGCAAGUCAUUUGCCUUACUUUUCGAUGAUAUCGAACACAACAUGUGCCCCGCCGACAAAGAAGUGUUCAGCUCAUUUGCACACGCUCAGGUUUCCAUUACCAACGAAAUCUACCAGUACCUGGGAGAGCCUGAAUCCUUUCUAUUCUGUCCCACAGAAUACUGUGGAACCUUCUGCUGCCCAAAUGUCCAUCAAUCCCCCUACCUCCACACAGUAGGAGAGAAGCUACUGCUUGGUAUUGAUGUCCUGUGGACAGGCCCCAAGGUUGUGUCCAAAGAUAUCACAGUGGAAUCAAUAGAGGAGGUGUCAAAAAUCCUCAAAAGGGCCCCAGUAAUCUGGGACAACAUUCACGCCAAUGACUAUGACCAGAAGAGGCUUUUCCUGGGUCCAUACAAGGGCCGCUCCACAGAGCUCAUCCCCAGACUGAAGGGAGUACUCACCAAUCCCAACUGCGAGUUCGAGUCCAACUUUAUAGCGAUCCACACUCUGGCCACCUGGUACAAGUCUAACAUGAACGGGGUGCGCAAGGAUGUGGUCAUGAAUGACAGUGAGGACAGCACAGUGUCCAUCCAGAUCAAGUUAGAGAAUGAAGGCAGCGAUGAAGAGCUGGAGACAGACAUGCUCUACAGUCCACAGCUCGCUCUCAGACUGGCUCUAACAGAAUGGCUUGGGGAAUUUGGUGUGCCUCAUCAAUACAACAGCAGACAGGUGCCUCAGAGUGGUGCCAAAAGCCCAGUUAUAGAUGUGUCCUCCAUGGCUGCACCGUCUCUCUGUUCCUCCACGACAGUCACAACUGUGUUCCAGCAGCCCAUAAUGUCUCCAGCCAUGCCGCCUCUCUGUCUGGAUCCGCUCUCACAUCCCUUGGACACAAUACCUCAGGAUGAAGAGGAGGUUGAGGUGGAGAAGAAGGACUCAGAUGAGGAGCCCAUGGAGAUGGUGGUUGAGAAGCAGGAUGAGCCGGAGCCAGAAACUGAAGCAGACGCUGAGGAGAAGUGUGUUGGUCCUAUUUUGGCCGACAAGAUGGCUGAGGACCUGAAGCCCAUGGAUACAGACAAGGAGAGCCUGUCAGAGUCAAAAUCCCCUGAAGAGUGUCUCCAGGAAGACUGUGGAAGUGAUAUUGCCCCUAUGCAGACAGACGACCAGCUCAAACAGGUGCCGCAGCCAUUUGACGUGUUUGUGCCUGGGCCCAACGAGAAGCCCUUGUUCACAGCAGAGCCCCUCACAGUUGAGGACCUGAGCUUGCUGGCAGAGCUGUUCUACUUGCCUUACGAACACGGAUCCAAGGCCAUGCAGAUGUUGAAGGAGUUCGACUGGCUGCGAGCCAACAGCAGCGUCGUCAGCGUGAACUGCAAGAGGAAGGAAAGUGAAAAGGUAGAAGAAUGGCAGACAAGAGCCGAGACGUUUGAGGAGAUGUGCUGCUCCGUCAUCCAGAUGUUCACACGUCUGUCCAAUUCCGCCAACCACACCAUCCUGUAUGACCUCUACGCCUACAUCUGGGACGUCAAGAGCAUCAUUUCUAUGGUCAAGUCUUUUGUCCAGUGGUUAGGGUGUCGUAGUCAGUCCUCAGCACAAUUCCUUAGAGGAGACCAAGAGCCCUGGGCCUUUAGGGGAGGUCUAGCAGGAGAGUUCCAGAGAUUGUUGCCAAUAGAAGGGGCAAACGAUCUUUUCUACCAACCACCACCUUCAAUGCCAACCUCCAAAAUCUAUUCCAUCAGGCCCUACUUUCCCAAAGAUGAGGGUGCUGUUUAUAAAAUCUGUAAAGAAAUGUACUCUGAAGGGACGGAGGAGGCUCCUUUCUCGGAUGACGAUCCAGACCUCAUAGCAGACAGGUUAGUGGGAGGUCUCCUGAGCCUGAGUUCAGACUACGGCUUUGUGCUCGAGGACGAUGAAGGGAUCUGUGGCUACGCUCUCGGUACAGCGGAUGUCCAGCCCUUUAUCAAGACAUGCCAGUUGAACUGGAUUCCCUUCAUGCAAGAUAAAUACCACAAACCUGACGACCAGAAGGACCUCACCGAGGCCGAGAAGAUGAUGUUGAGUUUCCACGAAGAGGAGGAGGGUCUCCCAGACUCUUUCCUCUCCAACUUCCCCUCUCUCAUCAAAGUUGACAUUCACGCCAAGGUGACAGACCCCAGUGUGGCCAAAAGCAUGAUGGGGUGUCUUCUAUCUUCUCUUAAAGCCAAUGGGUCCCAGGGUGCUUUCUGUCAGGUCCGUCAGACUGACAAGAGAAUGUUGGACUUCUACAGCAAGCUGGGAUGCUUUGAAGUGGCUAAAAUGGAGGGCUUUCCCAAAGACAUCAUCAUCAUGGGACGCAGCUUAUGAAGAGUCGACCUGCUCCAGUAAAACACAGAGAAAGCAAGUCAACGUGGCUGCAACAUGUUUGCUACCUUCCUGAACAAACCUUCCAUGAUGAUUUUAUACUACAUUACCAUCUGGGCGAGCCCCGGGAGAACUCAUUUUAGGAUUUGUGUACAGAAGCACAGCAGUCGCACACAAAUUCCCCUGUGCUGCCCUCAGAAGCUGGAUUCAGCAGAUAUGAAGCCAAAAGGUUGAGGAGUGAUCUGUCAGUUGAUUUGAGCCGACAUAGAAGAGUGGAGCUCUAGCAAAGAUUUCUAGAGUCUCACCUCUCAAUUACCUCCAGGAGGCAGAAGGCGAUAACUGUAAGCCGUUUUUCUGAUUUCAUCUAGUCGCCAGAACAUGGAUAUCGCCCGUGUGCUCGGACGCAAAGAGUCUGUAUCUGAAAUGGAGGCAGAGCUGUGAAAUGAGGGCAGCCUGUAUCUCAGGUAGUGUCUCACUACCCCCACGUCCUGCUUUGCCAGCUUUGACGCAGAGAAUAGCACAGCUGUCGAUAUAAGUAGGACACCUUUAUACAGAAUGUGAGGUGCUAUGUGAGACUUUGCCUUCUUUCAUCAACACAUCAUGAUAUUUCCAAUUCCUCCAGCAAAGCCUAUUAGUGGCUUAUUUCUAACCAAACGUGGUGAUGCAGAGUCUGCACACGUGAAGGUUGGAGACUUGUAGUUUUGGGGGUUUGUGAUUAAAACUCGUCACAGAUCAGUAAAGUAUUUGUCGAGACUGUGAAAUACUCAGCUGGGACACCCUCUGAAUUAGCUUUCUAGUAGUAUUAGACAUUUGCAAAACAAUAUAAAAUCUUCUACAAGUUUACAGACCUGGUUCUCGGCCUGUUUUUGUUCAGCGCUUUGCUUUCGGCCAUUUGUUUUUCUAUUUUAUCAUUCAGCUGUUUAUUGCUUAUUUCCCCUUUGAGCUAUUAUUGCCUUUUGGUUCAUUGCCUUUGGAUUUUAGGUUUAUAUUGCAGACCUCCAGUGUCUUCUGUGGAGGUUCUGUCAAACACAAGGUUUAGUUUGGACAUCAGGCUGGUUGUUGCUCAAAUUCAAGACACAGCCCGACGCUGACAGUCGCUUAGUCUUAGUUUUGUCUCACCAGAUCCCACACUCGGUCACAGACAUCCUCCAGUAAACCUAAGCUGUCUGACAAGGUUUAUACUGGCAGAGGAAGCUCUGACGAGCAUAGUCUCGUUAACUAAUGUAAAAUUAUGCAUUUACUAUAUGUACAAUUUCUUAUUUUUGUCUUUCAUAAGUUUGUGUAAGUAGUUAAAAUUUAAUUGUUUACUUGUAUAUUUAGUUCAUCUGCGUUCCUCUUCUGCUUGAGAAAAUCGACAUUUCCUGAAAGCAGUACCCAGUGUGACCAAAAUCUUGAUAUUUUAAUCUGCUAUUAAAAAAACAUUUUUACACAGUUUACUUACAUCAGGUUAAAUAAUAAUAAUUUAAAAAACACUGAAGCUUUAUGCUCCUACUGUCCCAAAGCAGCGCACGUCUUCAUAACCACUAUGUCUGCAGUUUCUAGAUCACCAUUACUUAUCAUUUAUGAUCAGUUUACACUGUCGUGUGGCAUCCGUCUUCCCUCCCUGCUUAGUUUCCAACAUCGCACAUUCUCAGAUGAAUGUCCUCAGUCGGGCCUCGGCGGGCACAGCCCUCACCGAGGUUCUUCAAUCCUGUCACCAAAGUGGCACUGGCUCCCGCACUGUUGAAAUGUAGCUAUGGGAGUAUGAAGCAGAAAUUCCUGGGCCUUCUGAGACGUGUCCUUUGAAUGUUUUAUAUUCUGACUCAUUUCCCAUUUUGUUUUUUGUAAAUCUUAUAUAGUUGAUUAAAAAAAAAAGCACUUUGACUAUAGAUAGGAGUGUUCUGUUGGUUACCUGAGGAUCAUCAGUUGCUCUUAAGUAGCUGCCUGCCAAUGUGAUGUUUUAUACUGUGUACAUUCAUCAUGUGCAUGAGGUGUAUUGGAUUUGCUGUGGCAUUAGAUUGACCUCAUCUUACGCUCCAAAGAGGGAGAAGCAUGCCAUUCACCUCUAAGAGCAUAAUACUGUAGAAUAUAGACAGUCUGUUGACACUGUCAAUCAUAACGUGUUAUUAUUUUGUAUAUCCUUAUAGGGACUGUGGCUGACAUUUUGUUUUUCUUGAAGGAACUUGUUACAUCACAAGGUUUUGUACAUCCGUCCGAACUGGUUUCUCUUUUUUUUCUUUUUCUGGAAGAUGUGAAACUCACUUACAGAUCUGAUGUUCGUCUCCUUAAACGACAGCAGAACCUUAAUUCUUGUUUUAAAUUUUGCAGUCUUUGCCGACGCUCGAGCUUUCUCCUCUGGCAACCGGGUUUGAUAGAAAAUGGGCUGUGACUGAGAGAAAGGACUCCAAUUGUACAUUUUCAUUUCCUGAGUUUGGGGUAUCAUAAAAGUGUCAGUUUACCAAUGUAAAAUUUGUAUGUAAGAUACAUAAGAUUAAAAAGUAAUGAACCAUGA